GACACUCGCUACGUAGGUGCAGGCGCAGGCGCAGCGAGGCUGUCAAGAUGAACACGUCCCAGCCGGUAUCGUCUCAGGUAACCGCCGUAUCAUUUGGCAGUCUCUCCGCUACAGACAUACGAUCGCUAUCCGCCCGCCAAAUCACCAGCGCAACCACUUUCGAUACCCUCCUCAAUCCUGUUCCCGGCGGUCUGUAUACGCCUGAGCUGGGCCAAUUCGGUGAUGCAUCAUGCGCAACAUGUGGGCUCAAGAACCCACAAUGUCCCGGUCAUUGUGGGCACAUCGAGAUGCCCGUGCCAUGCUACCAUCCCACCUUCAUGGACCAAGUCCUGCGGCUUUUGCGCGGGAUGUGCAUCUACUGCAGUCGGUUGAAGAUGAGCCGUGUUGUAGUACAUAAGAUGCUAUCCAGGUUAAGGUUAAUCCAGUACGGUCUGUUGACCGAGCUCCACGAACUGGAUGCCAUGUCAAUCAGGGCGGUAGCGGGUGGGAAGGGAGAUACGGCACGGUCGGACGAGGAGGAGGAGAUAGAUGAAGACGAUGAUGCCGAAGCAAAUACGGUAAUUGCGCGACUCGACCACUUCGUAGCGAAUGCUAUCCGAACUGCCAAGCAGAAUGGCACCUUCUCCACGCAGAAGACGGAAGCCACAACGAGUGCGCGUCGAGCAGUCAUCGCGGACUUUAUGGGUAGGAUGACAGGCAGCCGUAAAUGUGGAAACUGCAAGGGCAUCAACCACAAGUACCGGAAGGACCGAUACGUGAAGAUCUUCCGCAAACCGCUUACGGAGAAAGAGAGCUUUGCCAUGAUUCAAAGUGGUCACCGAGCGAAGGAUCCGAUUGUCGAGCUUCGAAAGAAGCAGCAAGCAGAGCUCAGCCGUAAACGCAAACGCGAAGCGGAGAAGGAGAAAGAUGAGGGCAUUGCGGACAUGGAUGGUUCUGAGGAGGGCGAGGAGGAAGGCGAGGGCGACGAUGUUAACAUGGACGAUGGGGUAGAAUCGUCGGAAGAAGAGGUCCGCAUCGCCGGCGGAGACAUCAUUGGGUCUGCCACCGAAGCUGGGACGAGGACGAGGAAGUCACAGACGCCAUCGGAAGAGUACCUUAACCCAUCCCGUGUGCAUGCGCACCUCUCUCAACUCUUCGAGCGCGAACAGGAAGUUCUUGCAGCCGUAUACGGACACAAGCGGAGCGAGCGGAGAGGUGGCAAGCCGCUGACACCAGACAUGUUCUUUCUGCGCACCAUCUUAGUACCGCCGAACCGCUACCGCCCAGAAGCACGUACCGGAAGUGACGAGAUCGCUGAGGCGCAGGAGAACACGCUGUACAAGAAUAUACUGAACGCCUGUGAAACGUUGUCCAACAUACAGCGUGAGCUCUCCGGCAAACAAGAAUCGGAUCCUCGCUACCGAGCCCGCAAUUAUGGCGACCUUGAGAACAGCUGGAUCCAGCUGCAAGAUGCGGUCAACAGCCUCGUUGACCGCGAUCUUGCACCUCUAUCUGGCGCUGCCGCACGGCGCCUACCGGACGGCAUCAAGCAGAAGCUGGAGAAGAAGGAAGGCAUGUUCCGCAAAUACAUGAUGGGUAAGCGUGUUAAUUUCGCUGCCCGGACUGUCAUUAGCCCUGAUCCGAACAUCGAGACCAACGAGAUCGGAGUGCCACCUGUCUUCGCCAUUAAGCUUACCUACCCUGAAGCAGUGACCGAGUGGAAUAUCGAGGAGUUACAAGAAGCCGUGAAAAACGGCCCGCAUGUAUGGCCAGGCGCGGUGGCGAUAGAGAGUGAGACCGGACAGGUUGUGAAUCUCGAGCGCAAGAAUGCUGAAGACCGAACGGCACUUGCAAACCAGCUCCUUGCGCCUUCAGUCGGCCCGACUGGAGUUAAAGGAACCCGACCGAAGAAGGUACAUCGCCACUUGAACAACGGCGACAUUGUGAUCAUGAACCGACAGCCGACAUUGCACAAGCCAUCCAUGAUGUGCCAUAGAGCAAGGGUGCUUCCUGGCGAGAAGACCCUUCGAAUGCACUACGCCAACUGCAACACCUACAAUGCCGAUUUCGAUGGUGACGAGAUGAACAUGCACUUCCCGCAGAACGAAGCUGCGCGUGCGGAAGCACUUAGUAUUGCGGAUACCGACCAUCAGUACCUCUCCAGCACCGCCGGCAACCCGCUAAGAGGUCUUAUCCAGGAUCACAUAUCCAUGGGUGUCUGGCUGACGAACAGAGACAUGUUCUUCGACCGAGCUGACUACAUGCAGCUUCUGUAUGCAGCAAUACGGCCGGAGAGCGGACACUGUGCCCGAAAACAAAUCGAGACAGUACCACCUGCCAUUUGGAAGCCAAAGCCGCUGUGGACGGGCAAGCAGGUUGUGACGACUGUCCUUAAGAACAUCUCACCCGAAGGCUCGGAGGGUAUGACAAUGUCUGCCACCUGCAAGACUGACCCAAGACUCUGGGGCGAGGCCGGAGCGAGGGAAGAGGGUACCUUACUGGUCAAGGACGGCUAUGUAUGCCACGGCGUCCUGGAUAAGAACCAAAUCGGUCCGUCAGCUGGUGGGUUCGUCCAUGCGGUGUAUGAGCUGUACGGACACGUUACCGCCGGACGCCUUCUGAGCAUCUUGGGCCGUUUGCUGACCCGGCUCGAGAACAUGCGAGCCUUCUCUUGCGGCGUGGAGGACCUGGUCUUUACGCGCGAAGGCGAGGAGAAAAGGCGGCAGGCCCUCGCGGAUGCGGAGACAGUUGGCUUCGAGGUCGCGAAGAAGUAUGUCGGCUUGGCUGAGCAAAACGUCGGCCGUGACAACCGUGAGCUCAGAGUGCGGUUAGAAGAUGUUCUGCGCGAUGAUGCGAAGCAGCGUGGUCUGGAUCAGCUUACCAACAGUGCAACGAGCGUUCUGUCGUCGGCUGUGACUAACGCCUGUCUGCCUGCUGCGCUCGUCAAGCCUUUCCCUGCAAACCAGAUGCAGACGAUGACUUCAUCUGGUGCCAAGGGCUCGAAGGUCAAUGCCAAUCAGAUCAGCUGUAACCUGGGACAGCAGAUUCUGGAAGGCCGACGUGUGCCUGUCAUGGUUAGCGGCAAAACGUUGCCGUGCUUCAAGCCCUUCGAGUCUAGCGUGCGAGCUGGAGGAUACGUCGUAGACCGCUUCUUGACGGGUGUACGGCCGCAAGAAUUCUUCUUCCACGCUAUGGCGGGCCGCGAGGGAUUGAUCGACACGGCUGUGAAGACAUCGCGUUCUGGGUACCUUCAGCGAUGUCUGAUCAAGGGCAUGGAAGGCUUGAAAAUCGAAUACGACACAUCGGUCCGCGACGCUGAUGGCUCGAUCGUCCAGUUCUUGUAUGGUGAAGACGGUCUGGAUGUGGCGAAAGCGAAGUUUCUUGGCGACUUCAAGUUUGAAGCCGAGAACCAUGUGAGCUUUUUCAGGUCGCUGGGCGACGAGGAAGGUGGGUUCGAACGCGUGCUUAGUGACGAAGCGGCUCUAUACAAUAAAAAUGCGAUCAGGAAGUACCGCAAGACUGGUGAUCUUGCGGCGGCGGACCCGGCGCUGGAGGUUUACAGACCUAGCCGCUUCGCGGGCAGCACGAGCGAGAAGGUCUACAGCGAGGCGAAGCAGUAUAUGGACGAGAAUCCUGACAAGCUCAUCAAGGACAAGAAGGCCGGCAUCGAAGGAAGAGUGACAAGGAAGGCAUUCCAGCGUAUUCUGGACAUGCGGUACCUCAGGUCGGUGGUUGAAGCUGGCGAGGCCGUCGGCGUGGUUGCAGGACAGUCGGUCGGUGAGCCAAGUACGCAGAUGACGCUGAACACCUUCCAUUUGGCCGGACACGCUGCGAAGAACGUCACGCUUGGUAUCCCGCGUCUCCGCGAGAUUGUGAUGACAGCCGCGAAACAGAACGCAACACCCACCAUGACGCUGCGCCUGAAUGAGGAGAUCGCUGUCCAAGAGGCGAAGAGGUUCGCUAAAGGCAUUUCGAAGUUGUCCAUGGCGGAAAUCUUGGAUAAAGUGACUGUCACCGAGAAGACGGAGAAGGGCGUUGCGUAUUCGGAGGCGAAGAAGUACGAAGUCAGGCUCGACUUUUUCCCAGCUGCAGAGUACACGAAGGAGUACGCGAUCACCAUUGACGAUGUGGUUGCUACGAUCGAGCAUCGCUUCCUGCCUCGGUUGCAAGUUCUGACCAGGAAGGAGCUCAAGAAGCGCGGUGACGAGAAGAGUCUAAAGAAUGCUGUCCGCAGCGACGCAAUGCCCGACGUUGGCAAAAGCGCCGGGAUGGUCGAGCAGCAGAGUUCGCGACCUGAGGGCGAGCGCGAAGGCGGCGAUGAUGACAGUGAUGGGGAGGGUGAUGACGAUGCCACGAGGGAUAAGGCGAAGAGCAACAAGAUGCAGGCAGGGUAUGAGGCAUUUGAAGAUGAUGAAGAGAAUGUACUUGCUGCGCGGAAUCAGAGAGAGGGCAGUCCAAUAGAGGAAGACGAGAUGGAGGACGAGGCUUACGGCGGUUCGCCGAGGUCGGCAGAUGAGAGCAGUGAAGGGGAGGGUGAGGAGGAUGCGCCGAGGAAGCUUGCGGCAAAAGAGAGGGAGAAUCGCAUCAAGUCUGACAAGAAGUCGAAUGACGUUACUCGUUUCGCUUUUGAUGACGAAGCCGGCGAAAGCUGUACCUUCACACUCGAAUACGAUUCGGACGCGGCGAAGAUCCUGAUGCUGGCUCUCGUCGAACAAGCCGCUCGCCAUGCGGCAAUUCAGUCCGUCCCUGGCAUAAGCACGGCCAUGGUCGACGAAGUCGCCAUGAAAGAUUCGAAGGAGGUCCCUGCCGUGCCCAUCCUCGCGCUCAGCGGCGUGAACAUACCCGCCAUGUGGGAGUACCAGCACGUCAUCAACCCACACCGUCUCUACACGAACAGCGUGUACGAUAUCUUACGCCAUUACGGCGUGGAAGCGGCCCGAAAUGCCAUCGUCCUCGAACUGCAAUCCGUCUUCGGCGGCCACGGUAUCUCCGUCAAUGCAAGGCAUCUCACCCUCAUUGCGGAUUACAUGACGCGAAGUGGAGACUAUCAGGCUUUCAACCGGAUGGGAUAUAGAGGCAAUGCCAGCCCGUUCAUGAAGAUGAGCUUUGAGACGACAGUGAGCUUCUUGCGAGAUGCGGUGCUUGAGGGCGAUUGGGACGACUUGAACAAUCCGUCUGCGAGAAUUGUGACAGGCAGGCUGAGCAAGGUGGGCACAGGCGGAUUCGACAUCUUUACUAAGUUGCAGGCACGAGAGAAACUGCAAGACGGUGCGGGUGGCGAUGUUGACAUGGAAGAAGAUUAGAUCUGAGGAUAUUGGACCCAUGGUGUAGCACGAGAAAUAUAGCCUGAGGAACGAACAAGCUGUCGUCUGACUCUUUACGGGUCGCAUCGGUAUCACCUCAGCGUCUCAGA